UCUUUCUCCCUCUCUCUACUCUUCUUCUAGGUUUUCUUCGUCUUCAGCGUCGCUUGGGUGGGAGAGAGGGGCUCCGGCCUCCUCGCUCCUCUUUACCUCAUAUUUAUCAUUCCGUUUUCUCUGCGAUUCUGGUUAAAUAAAUCUUGGAAGCUUUGUAUUUCCAAUUUCUCCUUUCUUGUUAGUUGUUAUUCCCUUAGGUGGAAUUUUUCCUUGUUUCUCCUUUCCUCUUCCUUUCCACCUUACCCCAACCAUGAUUUUCAUUGGAUUUACUUUCUCCCUCCUCCUUCAUUGCACUCCAGUGUUGCCACUACCACACUGCCACUUGAUCUGCUAUCUCCCCGCCUCAACGAUUGUACCUCCACCUGUUCCCAACCCUUUUCUACUUUCUCAUCUUCACCAAUUUUGCUUGCCUCCAGCCGUCAAAUCCGCCGCCACCAUUCCAUUGGGCAAACUUGAAAUUGAGCCAAAAUUUUAGACUUAUAUGGUUAAAUUCUUACAAGCCUCAUACCACCAAAUUUUGCCAUUUUUUUAAUGUCUAUGGGAGAGCCCAGGGUUUGGCCCAAUAACGAAAUGAACCCACGUGAGCAAUGUAGGAGUAUAUAAAAGGCAAUGCAUGACCCUCGCAGGCUCUCUCUCUCUCUCUCUCUCUGAGCUACUCAGAGACCAUAACCAGACGCGGAUCUUCGAGACUAAUAUAGAAAAACACAUCCGAACCAAUAGGAGGGCUCGAUCGGUAAAACCCGAUAUUGAUCAGACCAAUCUCAUGGAUAGAACGUCAGUCUCUAAACCCGUAAUCGAAUCCGGUAUCAGACCUUUGAAUUACCAACUGGGUGUUAACGAAUUGUCCCAGAAUUCAAACCCUAACCCUAACCCUAACCCUAACCCCAAUUUUGAUGAUAGUGGUUGGGGAUACUGUACUGAAGAGCAAUUAGAGGAGAUUCUGUUGAAGAACUUGGAGUUUUUGUAUAAUGAAGCUAUUUCAAAGCUUGUUGCUUUGGGUUAUGAUGAGGAUGUUGCUCUUAAAGCUAUAUUGAGGAAUGGACAUUGCUAUGGUGGAAUGGAUGUGUUGACUAAUAUAUUGCACAAUUCCUUAGCUUAUUUGAAUAGUGGGUGUGGUGGUAAUACUGGGAAUUCUGAGGAUUCUGAACCCAAUUUCAUUGAUUUGAGACAGUUGGAGGAGUACUCUCUGGCAGCUAUGGUGUGUUUGUUACAACAGGUUAAGCCCCAUUUGACUAAAGGUGAUGCCAUGUGGUGUCUCCUGAUGAGUGAUCUUCAUGUGGGUCGAGCGAGUGUGAUGGAAAUUCCGGUUCUUCCCCCGACUAGUAAUAAUGGGUGUAGCAGUCCGUCUCCUAGCAAUGCAGAGAGUGUUAGUAACAAUCCAGUUGGGGUUGCCCCGGCAUUAUGCAGGUUUCAUGGAGGUUGGGGUUUUGGAAAUGGUGGUACUUCUGAAUUUCCUGUAAAUGGGUUUUUCUCACAUGCAUCGGAAAUGAAUUUGCAUAAAGAGAUUGAAUGUCCAAAGAGGUUCAAUCUUACUCCUUCGAUGAAGUCUUUGUUGAAGAGGAAUGUUGCAAUGUUUGCUGCAGGCUUUAGAGCAAACUCAAAACAAAUGCAGACGCAAUCGCAGGCUUGUGCUAGCUCUUUGUCGAGUGGAGAUUCAUCAUCUGCUGCUGUUUCAGGGGUUGAGGUUCCAAGUGAGCAGAACGAGGAGCUCCCGAAUUCAAAGAACCAAGAUGUGGUUAAUUUUGUGUUGAAUAAAUUUCGUGAAUUGAAUCUUGAUGAGAAUAUGGAGUAUGUGCCAGAAGAUCAGAAAGAUGAGAUGAUUUUGAGCUUAAUUCAUCAGAUUAAGGAUAUUGAGAGACAGGUGAAAGAGCGGAAGGAGUGGGCUCACCAGAAGGCAAUGCAAGCUGCAAGGAAGCUCAGCAAUGAUCUUACAGAGCUGAAGAUGUUAAGGAUGGAAAGGGAGGAGACCCAACGAUUGAAGAAGGGGAAGCAGACACUUGAGGAUACAACUAUGAAACGCCUUUCGGAAAUGGAAAAUGCUCUAAGGAAGGCAAGUGGUCAAGUGGAUCAUGCAAAUGCUGCUGUGAGGCGCCUUGAGACUGAGAAUGCAGAAAUUAGAGCAGAGAUGGAGGCUUCCAAGUUAAGUGCGUCAGAAUCGGUUACAACUUGCUUGGAGGUUGCAAAGCGGGAGAAAAAGUGCCUGAAGAGGCUUUUGGCUUGGGAGAGGCAGAAAACCAAGUUGCAGGAGGAAAUUGCAGCAGAGAAACAGAAGAUUUCAGACUUGCAGCAACAGUUGAUUCAGAUUGAGGCAGCUCAAAAAGAGGCUGAGGUAAAGUGGAGGCAGGAGCAGAAAGCUAAAGAACUAGCCUUAGCCCAAGUGGAGGAGGAACGGUGCCUCAAGGAAUCAACUGAGGCUAGUAAUAAGAGAAAGCACGAGGCCUUGCGCCUAAAGAUAGAGAUAGACUUCCAGCGUCACAAAGAUGAUCUUCAAAGACUGGAGCAAGAACUUUUGCGGCUUAAAGCGUCUGUUGAAUCCACUGAGCUACAUCAUCAAUCUAAUAAUGUAUCAAUGGCAAACCCUGAAGGGGCAAAGCCCCAAGGAGAAACUAUUGCAAGGUUACUAGAUGAGUUGGAUAAAUUGGAGGAUUCUUCAGAUAAAGAAGUGGUUUGUGAUCGGGAAUGUUUAAUUUGCAUGAAAGAUGAAGUAUCUGUUGUUUUUCUGCCAUGUGCCCAUCAAGUUCUGUGUGCCAAUUGCAAUGAGGAUUAUGCGAAGAAGGGAAAAGCUACAUGCCCAUCUUGCCGGUUGCCAAUUGAACAAAGAAUCCGUGUGUUUGGCGCAAGCUCGUAGUCAUGUUGCCGGGCUUAAAAGUGGUGUGCUUAGUAAAACCCUUUUGAGGUUGACUAAAAAUAUGUGGAUACACCCUGGCUGUUGGUAUUUAUUUUAUUUUAUUUUUUCAUUCUGUUGUGGUGUCAACUUAAUAUAUUGUAUGUAAAUAAGCAGCAAAGCCUGAGGCUUGUGCUAUUGUCUCCAAAUGAUUGCAAUGGUUGUUACUUGUGACUAUGCAAAAAGCAGAAAAUGAGGAAAGCAUUUUCUCAUAUCUGGCUUUUGGCUUUAAUAUAUAUCUGUGGAGUUUUAUGAAGAAACAGUCUGGCUUUAAUAUAUAUCUGUGGAGUUUUAUGGAGAAA